AUGUUCCCUCAGAGGUUGUUAUUCUCAUUGUUCCUUCUUGUCUCAAUGGCUCUUGCUCACUAUAUGCCACCAUAUUAUGGAGGAGAACAUCAUGCCGCUUAUGGAGAUCAUGAUCACGCCUGGGAUGAAUAUGAUGGAAAAAAGGGGCAUCACGCUGAUGGAUAUGAGGAUGGAGAGUAUGGAGGAAAUGCCGGAGAACGUGGUUACGAGGGAGCUCACUAUGGAGAUAAGGGUUAUGGACAUGGGGAUCACUACUAUGGAGAGGGUGGAGCACAUGGAGAAGGCGAUAAUAUGUAUGAUGCGGGACAUCGACAUGCUGAUGAUGAGGAUGGGUACAAGAAAUACUCGUUUUAUUCGUCGGGCAGUGGACCCAAUGGAUCGUACCAAAAGGGAUAUUAUGGAUCGGAGGGCUACGAGCAUGAGGACUCUGAAUCAGCUCACAAGAAAGCUGCCGAGGGAGGUGCUUACAAAAAAGGAUACGGACAAGAAGGACACGAAAAUGAUCACGGAAAAUCACAUUAUGAUAAAGACGGUAAAUCUCACCAUGGACACGACGAGAAGUACGCCUCAGACCACCACGGACACGAGCACAAUGGAUACGGCAGUGAACACCAUAAGAAGGGCUACGAAGCCGACAAGUAUGGUCAUGGAGACAAGUACGAUAAGCAC